AUGAACUGCACAAAGUCUGUUCUUUCCACCACACCGAAGAAACCCAAAAAGCCCAACUUCAACUCCUGCGUGAGGUGCUUAAGGUCCAAAAAAAAAGGACAUGACAUUUCUUUGCACAAAUUCCCAAAAGAUCCCAUAAGACGAGCAGUUUGGCUUGCAAACUGUGAAUUUGUGGAAAAAGAAAUUGAACAUAAUAGAUUGUUAUGCUCUUCCCAUUUUGAAAAAGAUUGCAUCAUCGUACAACGCAACAGAAGGGUAUUGAAGAAAUCCGCCGUGCCUGUUAUUUUUGAUAAGAAAAAAAAAAAUAAAAGCAACAAAAAACGAAGUCAACAUUCCCAAUCUUUGGAAAAAACAGUUACAAGUAGUAACUGCCAAGUGUAUAUUUUGAUCCUGCUGCCGAAGUUUAUUUUGGUUGAACCAAUUGUUCAAAAUCCUGUUCCUACGACACAUACUCAAGAUACUCGUACAUCUGGGCUUUCAGAAACUACACUACAGAUAACGGUUGAAGAUUUGGAAAAUCCAGCUGCUGGUGUUAUACCAAUGUCGGUUCUAAGACAAUUUACUGACCAAUUGUCAGGUUACUCUUUGGAUCCUGAGAAGAAUAAUGGAACCAAUGACGUUCCUAUUUUUCCUGAGAAUAAUUAG